CGCCAUGCGAGCAGCGAUCUUUCAGCCUUUCAGACACAGACACAAACCAGAGGGUGCGCAGUUUAGGAAUCUCUUCCCAGCUCCAGCAUCCAAAUCCAAAUCCGUCUCUCCCCCCGACUCCCUACAAUUCAUAUUUCCUCGCUCUUUCCUUCCGACCCUGUUCUAUUUUUCUUCCUAUCCAAACAAACAUGCUCUCUGCAACUCUGUUCCCGUCCCCUUUUCCUUUCCCUUUCCCUUGUACUCCUCGUUUCAUCAAAACAUUGUCCAAAUACAAAACUCCUAAGUUCGCUUACACUCUGUUCAAACGCAACAACGAAUCCGAGAAGAAAUCUGUUAUGUUCAAAUCUUCGAAAUGCGUUCUCGGGUCUGUUCUCAACCCCGAUUCGCCGUCGCCGGCGGGGCCGUCAAACCGAAAGCUUCGAUCUUUGGCGUCGGAGUUCAGGUCCCUUUCGGAGCCGAUUGACCGCGUGAAGCGGCUGCUGCACUACGCGGCGAUUCUGCCGCCGCUGGAGGCGUCGGCGCGCGUGGAGGCGAACAGGGUCACCGGGUGCACGGCGCAGGUGUGGGUGGAUGCACGCUUGGACGAUUUGGGGAGGAUGAGGUUUGGGGCCGACAGCGAUUCGGAGAUUACGAAGGGGUUUUGUUCGUGUUUGGUGUGGGCGCUCGACAGGGCGGAGCCGGAGGAGGUGUUGGCGUUGAGGACGGAGGAUUUGGCGGAGUUGAAUUUGGGAUUGGGCGGCGGGGGCAGGGCUCAUUCCAGAGUGAACACUUGGCAUAAUGUUUUAGUCAGUAUGCAGAAGAGGACUACAGCUUUGGUUGCAGAGAAAGAUGCCACUGCCGAGCCGAAGCCUUUUUCGUUCUCUGAUGUUCGCUAUAAAUUAUGCAAUGAAGGAAGCUCAGGUUGCGAGUUCAUUAUUUUCCUAGAAGUGGAUUUCAUGUCAGAAAAAGUACGGACAAUACUUGAUCAAGCUGCAUUUGGAAAGGAUGGCGUUUGCGUGGGGCAGGACUUCUUCGAUCACAAAAUCAUGCACAGGAUAAAGGAAAUUUACUCUGCUGCAUUCGUGUUGAGCAAACUUGAUCUGAAAGACCCGACCGCAAUGCACGGGAUAAAGGAGACUUACCCUGAUGCUUUCGUGAUGACUCAUUUUGAAGUUUGCAUACUUGAUCUGAAAGACCCUAACGCAAUACACAGGAUAAAGGAGAUUAACUCUGAUGCAUUCGUUGCAACUCAUUUUGAAGUUUGUAAACUUGAUCUGAAAGACCCGACCGCAGAUGCUGGAAGCGAGCCAACAGUGAGGCACCUCCUGGACAGGUUCAUUGGAAGUGAAAAGGUGUGCAUUUCUUCUUUGAAACCCCAGUUUGGAUCAUUCAAGCUUUAUAAUUCUCUCAUAGAUUCUAUGGGUUGCUGGGUUGCUUCUGCAGUCAAUGAGAAGGUUACCCCAUAAACCUGUUCUUUACUCACAGCACAAGAAAUUGUUGCUUAUCCUAAAAAGUUAAACUUAGAAGUUCUGUGGUACAAUAUAUGUGCGAUUGUGCUGCCUUUCUGCCCAUUUGAAUGUUUAAACUUGUUAUUAUCAAUCUACUCAAAGAAUAUCUUAUAUAUAUGGUGCGUAGAAAUUGAAUGAUAUUAAAUUUU